GUCCUGAAAACCUAGGAUGGUCCUUCAGAAGCUUGGGAAAGCAGAUGAAACAAAAGAUGAACAGUUUGAACAGUGUGUGCAGAACUUCAACAAGCAGCUGUCAGAAGGCACAAGGCUGCAGAAGGAUCUCCGAACUUACUUGGCUUCUGUAAAAGCCAUGCACGAGGCCUCCAAGAAGCUGACGGAGUGUUUGCAGGAAGUUUAUGAGCCGGAUUGGCCUGGGAGAGAUGACACGAAUAAAAUAGCAGAGAACAAUGACCUCCUCUGGACGGAUUUCCAUCAGAAGCUGGUGGAUCAGGCACUUCUGACCAUGGAUACGUACCUUGGCCAAUUCCCAGACAUUAAAUCUCGUAUAGCGAAGCGGGGAAGGAAGCUUGUGGAUUACGACAGCGCCAGACACCAUUUUGAAGCCCUGCAAACUGCAAAGAAGAAGGACGAAACCAAAAUCGCAAAGCCUGUUUCGCUGCUUGAGAAAGCUGCGCCUCAGUGGUGUCAAGGGAAGCUACAAGCUCACCUCGUUGCGCAAACUAAUCUGCUCCGAAAUCAGGCUGAAGAAGAGUUAGUAAAGGCUCAGAAGGUGUUCGAAGAGAUGAACGUUGAUCUGCAGGAGGAGCUGCCUUCACUAUGGAAUAGUCGUGUUGGUUUCUACGUCAACACAUUCCAGAGUAUAGCGGGCCUAGAAGAGAACUUCCAUAAAGAAAUGAGCAAGUUGAACCAAAACCUCCAUGAUGUCCUGCUGGGUCUAGACAAACAGUACUCAGGCAAUGCCUUUCCUGUUAAAGCACAGCCCAGUGAUAGCACCCCAGUGAAAGCAAAUAAAAGCCCUUCGCCUCCACCAGAUGGAUCCCCCAUCACCAGCCCUGAGACCAAGACUGUCAACCAUGAGUUGGAGCCGUCCUCUUUGGAAGCACCUGGGGCAAGCAUCCCAAAGUCACCAUCUCAGCUGAGAAAAGGGCCUCCGGUGCCUCCGCCUCCAAAAGUCACCCCUUCCAAGGAGAUCAAGCAGGAGAACAUCAUCAGUCUGUUUGAUGACAAUUUUGUCCCUGAGAUAAGUGUGACAACCCCCUCGCAGUUUGAUGCCCCUGGGCCCUUCCAGGAGGGAGCCAGCCUGUUGGAUCUGGAUUUUGAUCCCAUUAAACCAGAUGCCACUGUGGGGAAGACCCCCACGCCCGCCUCCCAGUCUUUACCUUGGGAUUUAUGGGAGCCUGCAGAAGCAGCUCAUGCAGGUGCUGAAGCAGCUGGAUCAGAAGCAGCAGCUGGAGCCGAAGCAUCUAAAACCGAAGCUGAUUCAGGAUCUGCCUCGAGCUCUCUGCCUGCUGUUGUUGUGGAAACUUUCCCUGCUACUGUCAAUGGCACCGUGGAAGGAGGUGCUUCUUCUGAAAGAGCUGACAUGCCCCCGGGGUUUCUUUUCAAGGUCCAGGCUAUGCAUGAUUACACGGCCACUGAUAGUGACGAGCUGCAGCUGAAGGCUGGGGAUGUUGUGCUUGUGAUUCCAUUUGAAAACCCCGAGGAGCAGGAUGAAGGAUGGCUGAUGGGCGUGAAGGAGUCUGACUGGAUCCAGCAUAAGGAACUUGACCAAUGCCGAGGGGUUUUCCCAGAGAAUUUCACAGAGCGGGUGCAGUGAAAGCCUGAGCCCACCAGCUGCGUUUUCUGCUGGAAGAAAGCAAGUUUUCUGGCAGGUGUUUGAAAAACAGCAAAAUGAAAAGAAGAGAAUUUUAAAGGAACAGAAGCCUAAAAAAGCGUCAACCUCAAGGACGUGUUCUUCUCAAAGGGCAAGGUUUUAGAAGUAAAUUGAAAUUCAAAGCGUUAUUGAAAUAUAUACAUAUUAAUAAUAAGACAAGUCAAAUACCCUCUUCCACCUUUGGUUUAACAGCAUUUGAGUUCAGAGGACUGAUACAGAAGCAACUCAGUGUGGUUCUGUAAAUACUGCAUUGCCUGAAUUAGUGAGAUGUCAGCCUGAUCCCUCAAAAGGCAAUAUGUGUCUAAUGGCUUGAGAGUAGAAGCUCUGUUUGCUCUUGGAUGGGUUCAUCUGUUUUGUCUUGAAGGUGGCUUGCAUGGCAACCAUAAAAAUUCAGCCUCCCCCACCUGUUCAAUUUACAGUAGGUCAAACUUCAAACUAUCUGUUAUGCUGUUGAAGUGAAACAUUUAGUGUAUAGUGUUCACCAAUACAAUGUAUGUGUGUGUGUGUUUUAUUUUCUUUCUUUAAAAUAAUGUUAUGCAAGCUGUGAUUUUAUACAUUUAAAGACAAAAGAAGCUUUGUGGGAAGAGCAUGGAGGAGGUGAAAUGUGUGAAGCUGUGCUAAGUCCAGAGUUUUUCCAAAUGCAGAAACUAGUGUUGGCCUGUGAAAUGCUAAGAGAAGCUGACAAAUUGAAGAAGAGAAACAAGACAAAAUAAGCAGAUGCUGAAACUUCAGAUGGUUCUGAAAUUUAGGAGAGGGAAUCCCCUGCCCCCCCAAACCCUAUGAACAGAUUCAGAAAAGCUUAGAUUGAUGUAGACGGAGGAUAGCUCUGAAAUCUGGCUGGUUAGACAGUGUGCUUUUAAGGAAAGAGAUAACGGAAGAUUUUUUUUUUUCCCCCCUGAAAGGCUAUGUAAGAGAAAACACUGAGAAAAAACAAUCUGCUUUCUGUGUUUUUAAUUGGAAUUGUUAUUUGUGGAAUUGUAUUUCUUAUUUUCCUUUGAAGAAUUCUGUAAGUGAAGUAUUGUUAGAUCAGAUUUCUCCAGUGUUGUGCUGGUGAUCAAGUUAACCUCUAA